GAAGGAUGCCUGGGCUGCAGGUCGAAGGCGUGGCUUCACUUGAUUGGGAGACGACUACCCCGUCAACACAGGCCGAGUUCAUCCGGCGGCUGCGCUAAGCUAUGGAACAUGCAGAGGACAUCAAGCGCCACUUGGAGAGGGCAAUUGGGCAAUCCCGCUCUGUCAACCAAGGUAAGAUACAAAUACUCAAGAGAAGAGUGCAGCUUUGUUACUGCAAAUCGGUCAGGCCCCGAAUCUCGCACAGCAUGACAACCACCUCAGCGUCCCUGGGUCGCCUCCUGCCGCUCGAAGCAGUCGAUCUCGGCCGACUCGUCCUAGACAUAUCCGAGCCAGCCCAAGACUUCUACGAAGCCAAGUCCCUCCCUCCCCCCGAGCUCAAGCAGGAGGUGCUCAACUUCAGCGAAGUCCUCGGCCAGUCGCAGGGGUUCAAGCUACACGGCGACCUCACGUCCAUCCUAACCGCUAAAGCCACAUCGCAGCGGACUUCUACCUCGCUCGUCAAGUCCCUGAAGUGUGUCACGCGCCAGCUAGUCAACUCUGGCGACUACUUCCGCACGCUAUGCCGCGUCCCCAAGGCCCGCGACUUCCUGGAGCGCGCCAUCCGGCAGAAGCUGCCCGUCUUCCUCGUCACGGGUAUCGAGGCGGUGAUAGACUCGACGGUCGUACAGACGGGCGGCCACCAGCGCGAAGUCGCUGUGGACGUCACGGUCCCCGUAGCCGCGGCGGCGGCUGCAGCUGGAGCGCCGAUCCCAGUGCUGGGCGAUCUCAUUGAUCCGGGGGCCGGGAGGUCGCAGAACCGGCAGGUGGAUGCUGGGAACGAGCUGUACGCGCCCGGAGAGCAGAUCUACCGUGUGCAGUAUCGCAAGAUCGAGUUCAGCUUCUUUAGUAGGCGUAAGGUUGAUAAUGCCUGGCUCGAGAAUGGGAAUCGGUGGAAGGCGUACGUCGGGUUGAGGGGCACAGACGGGGAUGCUGAGGACGAUGGCAUAGAAGCCACCUUGAGCGAGGUCCAGGAAGCCGGCAUUUAGGGAGAAGAUCGUGCUCUGGAGGCCGGUGUCUAGGAAGAAGUCGAUGCCGAGGGGGCCAUGUCCAGGAGGAUAGCGUGAGUGGAAUGGAGAGGGGUUAGAGGUUCGAUGUCGAAGUCGAGAACCGAUUGAGAGUUACGUUUUAGUGAUCCCCUGUCAGAUGUAGAGUAAUUUUGGGACAGAAUAUAGUAGCAUGGAUCAAAUAGCUGAUAUCUCAAGAGCUUCAAGAAAAGAAGGAGGGGAAGACCUCCAAGGAUCAGCUCGCUUAUUUCACCCACAGUACUUC